AUGUUACCCAAUCACUCCGCUCUUCUCUUCACCCUCGCCCUCGCCAUCCCCACCCUCCAUGCCAUCCCAGCCGCCGCACCCCCCCUCCGUCCUCCCAAAGGCGCCGUAACCAUAACAUCCCUCAGCACCAGCCACAUGGGAAGCGGGUGCCCCCCGUCCUCCGUCUCCAUCAACCUCGCGCCCGACAACAGCGCGCUGACGCUCAUCUUCGACGCCUUUGUGGCCGCCGACGGACCCAAAGCAAUUGCCACAACUACGCGCGCGCUGUGCAAGGUUACUGUUGGGCUGGAUGCAGCAGGGUGGGUGUUUGAUGUUGCCAGUGUGGAUUUCAGGGGUUAUGUGUUGUUGGAGGCUGGUGUUGAGGCGAGUCUCGUGAGUCGCUGGAAGUGGGUUGAUGCGGGGGGAAAGGAUUUGAAGGGCAAGGGUCAUGCGCAGAAGAAACUCAGCGGUCCGUUUGAAGACGAUGUGUUGCUGCACAAGGAGGGAGAGAUGAGUGAUGUUGAACCAAGUGUUUGUCAGAAGAAGGAUGCUAGGUUGCAGAUUAGCUUGAGUGCGACGGUUGAUGCUGGGGGUGGGAAGAGGAAUGGGUAUGUGCAGGGGAGUUCAGCGGAUGCAGCGUUUAGAGAGAUUAUGAAUAUGAAGUGGCGAAAGUGUUAG